AUGUCUGGCACGGGUAUCCGCUACGCAAUAGCAAACCAUAACUUCGACGAGCAAUCGGUUGCGGACGAUGCCGAAUUUCAUAAAAAGCUUGAUUUGUAUAUUGGCGAUCGCGUUUGUGUGUAUGGCGAACUGGACGGUUGGGCAUACGGAAAAAAGUUCGAUGUUCGAGAUGAGUGGGGAAUUUUCCCCGUGGCUUGUCUCAAAUUCGUCGAUAAACCAAUAUGCGCUUCUGUGACCGAUGGCACACUCGUGAUCGCCGAAAUCAGUCGGGUAUUGAACGAGUGGUGGAAGAAGAUAAAAGAGAUCAUGCUGAAAAGCACCGAUGUUCCGUCGAUCGACGUUCUAAUGGAGUCGUUCAACGAAUUGAUGAUAAUCAAGAGGAAGCUGGAAAACGGCGGCCUCCCAAUCGAAGAAUUGAACUCUCUUCGCCUCACCGUCGCCAAUCUAGUGGAUCGCGGGAAUAUGCUUCUCGGCCUCGAUGUAAUUAUUCGCGAUGAGUUCGGAGUACCGCAGGACGCCGAAAAAGGUCUGACGCUUCUCACAAUUUACGAAACUCACAUCUCAUCUCAAAAACGGGUCUCCAAUCAGCUGAAAAAUAGUCAUGAAAAUUCGUUGCUCAGCGGCAGCUUCUCACUUUUGCUAUCGAUAAAGUCGGUCGAAUUGAAUACCAAGCAUAGUUGUGAGGUGUCGAUUGUUCUGUAUGAUAUGGAGAAGAAGAUGUUCACCACAGACGCCUAUGUGUUCCUGUGGAAUCCGAGCACCGGCAAACAGCGCGAUUUGAACCUUCGCGCAUUAUUCGCCGAUUUCAACAAGAAUGACGUUGAUCGCAAAAUUGUCAUGAUCACUCGCGUUGUACAUAUCGCCCCAAUUGAUAAUCCGAGCUCGACGAUCAAACGGCACGGAGGUGACGCCGUCAUCCCACAAUCAUAUUUCUGUCGUCAAGCGUACGCGUUUGACGUCCUCAACGUUUCCAGCAUUUUCCAACAGAAGGGACCAUUGAAUGAAGCCAAAGAGCGUGUGAUAUUCCUCAAUAAGGAUCAGGACCUUGGCACUGCCCUUAAAUCCUUGCAAUUGACCAAUAGGAUACCAAAGUCGAUUACUAGUGAGCUCGACACCUCGAAGCUCCUUAUUAGCACCCAAUUGAUUCCGGGCACUUCGGCGGAGAUCAAAACGCGCCAACCUCAUUUGUUCAGUCGCAGUCCGGCGGUGAUGUUGAGAAGAGCCGAUCGAACGGCAAUUUCGAUUGAAGAAUUCCGCAAUGAGAUGUAUGUGACAUUGAUUCAAGGCGAAUUUUGCGAUAAAUCGUCGGAUCGCAAUAUUGAGGCACGUUUGCAUGUCGUCGAAUCCAAUGGGAAUGUGGUGACGAACGCGUUUGAGACAAUGUCGGUGACAGGGUCCCGAUUAGGAACCGUCUAUAAGAGUGUCGUGUUGUAUAGAACCGAUAAACCGCAAUGGGUCGAACCAAUUAAGAUCAAUCUGCCAAAGACGGCUUCCCAUGAUUUGUUUUUGCGGAUUCUUUUGUAUUCAAGGAAGCCUUAUGACAAGAGCAAAUCUGAGAAGGGACCAUUCUCGAUUGCUCAUGUCCAGCUCAUUCGGAAUGCCGCCCUUAUUGGUGAUGGCGAGCACGAAUUGGCGGUUUACAAGGAGAACACGUCCUACAUGUGUUUGCCGGCGACGAAAAAGACCAUCAAAGAGUCGAUGGCCGGCGGUCACGCGAAACCGCACGCGCCCGGUUUCAGUUUGAGCGAGAAGAGCUCGCUGCUGAUCGCGACGCACUCGUGCUCGUCGCUGCUCACCCAGAAUCAUGAUCUGCUCACGGUGUUGCGUUGGCGCAUGAAUUGCAUUGGAUUGAACGCCUCGCUGGUGGCGUUGUCGCAGCCGAUUGGCGAAACCGAGAAUGAGAUGAUUCGCUUCCUCUCGCCACUGCUUGACGCGCUCUUCGAAAUUUGGCAUGAUCGCGAGACGGCCGAAAUGGCGGUGUUCGACGCGAUCGUUGCGGUGAUGCGAUUGUGCGAAGAUCAACGACACGCGCAGGCGUCGAAACUGUUCGACGCCUACCUCAAGCGAUUCUCGUUCACGUCGGCGUCCACCAAAAUUUUACGAUGCCUCAUUCACUAUGUGAUGACGGAUUCGGAUGAAUGCAAUGAGAAGUCGAGGAACUCGUUCAAAGUGAUGGGAUCGCUGUUCAAAAUUGUGGUGGCGUCGGAGAAAUGCUCGAAAAAAUUUGUCGACGACUACAAACCGCCGAAAAGCUUCGCCUCAUAUCUGAAAGAGUUCAUGAAGGCGUUAGUUUACCUAAUGGCCGAUCAGCGGCCGCGAAUGACGGUUCAGAACACGGCGCUCAAAAAUAUUCCGACGAUUAUCGAUCUACUCAAUGAUUCUGGCGCAUGUGCGACGCGAAUUAUAUGUGACUUCAUUGUGGACCUGAUGGACAACUUCGGGCAGAAUAUUGUCACUCGCGAGCGACUCGGAUUCAUCGCGCAAAUUGUUGAAACGAAAUUGUUUUCGCUUCCGCAAUGCCGCGACCAGCUUCUCUCUCCGUGCCUUCACAUGGCAUUGAGUAUCAUUGAUUUGGACAACGCCUCAUUUGAGAGGGCCGAGUUUGCCGAUCGCGCCGCCGAAUGCGCCAGCGUCAUCGCCGCCAUCAUUGAGCGAUUGUUUCCCGACGCGACCACUCACGGUGAGGCGGAGAAUCGCGAAUUGUCGAGCUUCAUCCUCGCCGUUUAUCGGCCGCUCGUUCAGGCGAUGAUUCGUGUGAUUCAAGACGAUCGGCAUACGGACGACGACGCUCGCGGGCACUUCUUCUCGGUGAUAUUGGCGCUUCUCGACAAAAUGUCGGCCCAGAUGUUCGGCGAAUACGUUGAAGAAAUGCCGUUCGACAUUGACAAACGCGAUUUUCUUAUGGAAAUGGUGCUGAUGAUUCGAGAUCUGCUCAAUCGGAACGCGUUUCCGGCCACAUGGCGUGAUAUGAUCAUGCUGCAGAAUAAGGUUAUCCACAAGGCGCUCAAAUUUGUGAUGAGCGCCGUUCAAUCGUUCUUCUCCAACGACAAUUUUUGCGCUGAGAUGUGGCAGGAAUACAUGAAUACGGUUGUGUCAUUCAUCACGCAGGAAGGUCUCGACUCGAAAUAUGAAUGGCUGAAACAGGAGGAUGAAGACCUUCGUGUGCAAUUGAGAAAAGCGGCGGCGAAAGAUUUGCGAAGCAUGUGGUUCCGAUUGAGUCCUUCUCAAAAAUUGAUCUACAUUCCGAGUAUGGUCGGCGCGUUUCUGAAAGUGUCACUGGUCGAUGAUGAUGAUGCUCGCGAGGCGAUCAUACCAAUAUUCUUCGACAUGAUGCAGACCGAGUACAACACGAGCUCGAGUCGUUCGUUCAAAGAGUUCGCGUCGGAGCUCGUCGCCCAACUCGACUCGAUUGUUGGCGAGCACAGUGCGACGAAGGCGUUCAAAGAGCAGUUCCGACAGUUGUCGAUUAUUCGUUGCCAAUCGGAUAAGGAUUUGAUGUCGAAUGGCGGCAAGGAGCUUAUCGAUCGAAUUGAUCUACUACUAACGCAUCUCAUUGAAUAUCACGAUGCCGCCUCGAAUCUAACCGAAUGCGCCGAUAUUCUGAUGAGUCGAGCCCUUCAGUUAUUGAAAUACUACAACACGUAUAAUCAUGAGGAAUUGUAUGUGAAGUAUAUUUAUAAGCUCUACAAUCUUCAUAUGUCGUAUGGGCAUGAGAUUGAAGCGGCGAAAACGCUUCUCCGACACGCUGUCAUGCUUCAUUGGGACGAUCGAAAUUUGCCGGAAUUUAUGGUGUUGCGCUCAUGGCAUCGCGGAUGUUCGACGAAUAGGCAGCUCAAAGAGAAUCUGAUGAUUGAAGCUGGAAAAUUGUUGGCUGAGGGGGAGGAUUGGGAGGAUGCGAUCAAGGUUUACAAAGAGUUGAUGCCCGUUUAUGAGAAUGUGAUUGUCGACUAUGCGAAGUUGGCGGAGCUCAUGAAAUCGAUAGCCGAUCUGUUUACGGACAUUGAUCAAAAAGAGAGAGCCUAUUGCUAUUAUUAUCAGGUGGCAUUUUAUGGCAGAGGAUUUCCGGACUACCUGAAUGGUCAUAAAUUUGUGUAUCGAAGUGACAAAUUGGAAAUGCAUGGCGAUUUUAUGGCGCGAAUCAUGAAGAUGUUCGACAAUCCGGAAAAAGUCAUGACAACCGAUGAUUGCUCGCAUUUGACAACCGCAAAAGGCCGAUACAUCCAGGUGUUCAAUAUUGAGCCGAUUGGAGAGGGAUGCUCUUUUGAUAGUGUGCCCACCAUCAAUCCGGCGAUCAAAAUGUUCUAUCGGCAUAAUGAUAUCAAAAAAUUUGAGUACAGUAAGACGGAGGAGCGAAAAGAAACGAAGUGGACGAAACUUGAUGAGAAGUCUGAUUUCAUGCGCAAUUGGGUUGUGAAGCGGCAGAUAACGAUUGAAGACACACUGCCGUCGGAUUUGCGCUUCUCGGAGAUCGUCUCGAUAUCGGAGCCGAUCUAUCUGAGCCCCCUUCAGAUUGCCGUCGAGACGAUGAAGAAGAAGAAUCGCGAGCUCAACGAGCUCGCGACGAAUGUCGCUUAUAAUUCGAAAUACGAUCUCAAACUAUUGAGCCGCGAGAUUCUCGGCGUAUGCCAGGCGGCGGUGAUGGGCGGCAUCAAGAACUACGUGGUGUUUCUCGAUGAGAAAUGCCCCGAGGUGUGCGAGCGCGGCGAGCAGAUGAUCAUCAUGGAGUUGACGAGUCUCAUCAUUGAGCAGGUGGAGAUUCUCGAAUAUUGCUGUUGGGUGUACUCGAAUAAGAGUCAGGGUGAGGAGACUCGAUUGAACAAGCCGCUAGCCGACGCGUUUGAGUCGCAUCGAUCAUUUGUCGAGUUGCAUUUUGGAAAAACGCGCUCCCGCCUACCGCCGAAUGCCUCGAUUCGAUUGUCGAAAUCGGACGAAUCGGAUAGUAAUUCGCAAGUUGGCGAGAUUAGUGGAAUGGCCACGUUGAAAUCGACGAAGGCGAUGGCGCUCGGAAACGCGGUCGUCAAUUUGUUGUCGUCGAAUAAGCGCACGAGUGGGACGGCCUCGCCGGCGGCGAUCUCUAAUCGUUCGGCGCCGUCGUUCGACAAUUUGUCAUCGGCCCUUCGACACUCGUUUGCGACGUCGCGACAAUCGUCGUCGCAUCAGAAGAUGGCGCUGCCGUCGACGCCGUCGAUUCACACGAGCAGCACGCCGACGAGCCAGAAUUCUGACGGAAUUCGCCUCAGGACCCAUCAUCCGCAUGUCUCAUCGAUGAGCUCGUUGUUCCAUUCGCCGAUUGCGCCGCCGCUUCCGCCGAGAACGGAGGCGGAUCCGAAUCGGACGUUGAAGCGAGUCAAACACGAAUCGCCAAAGUCUUGA